AUGUUGUUUCAAUCACUUCUGCUCCUCACAUCUGCUGGGGCUGCACUUGCCCUACGCCCAAGCAACAUCAGCAUUUGUGACUAUUAUACCCCCAUGGUUACUGGGAAGGACAACUCAGCAGAUAGCCAGUAUGAGCUUAUGCUGAAGGUCACACACACGUUUAUUCUUGGCAACUACACGACGCCUAAUGUUGGGGUCGCAGUUCAAGGCAUUGCUGGAGUCUUCCCGUACAAGGGCCAUGAUGUCAAUUUGCUCCCAUACUUCGUUGGUGGUUAUGCAUCAACGAAUACUGGGGGUUCCGAGGGCAAAGCGGUGAACUUUCUCGACGACGGCGGUGCUGGUGCGUUGUUGGCCAACAUACCCUCAAAUGGCACCCAGUCCAACCAAUACAAGCUUCUUACCCAUGUGUACCAAUACUUCGGCGAAUUUUUUGGCUGUAGCCUACAGGGAGUCGAUGCUUUCCCAAAAUACCAAGGCGAGGCCAGCAUGUAUGAAGUUCACAAAUUUAUGGACCCAGAUGUCUUCGAAACUGGCUGGUUCAAUUUGCAGAUUGUCCUGGCAGUCCAGUCAUUAGGGUUCGAGGACCCUGAUGUCACUUUUACCCGGGAAGGUCUCGACAAGACCUUCACCGCACGAUGCAUACCUCCUGCUGCCGUCAUUCCAGCCUCUGCUGGUCCACAAUUGCAGUCAAUCUGUAUCGCUCCAGAUUGUUCACUUGACCCCCAAGCCAACUGCUCAGCAUAUCCGAAUGAUGGAUAUGGUGCACAACCUGCCGUUGUAAACGACACAAUCGUCGGCCCAGCAGUGAAGGUGAAUGGAACCGCAGCUCCAGCCACGUCUUUAGACAGUUCUCCAUCCAUGAGUUCCUCGUCAACUGCAACUGGAUCUGCCACCGUUGCUUCUACCACUGGUGGUGCUGGGCACACUUACAUGGGAUGGACAACCUUGAAGACCAUCGGUUUCGUUUCGCUUGUAGGAGCCGGAAUGUCUGUAUUUCCUUUCUGA